UUGACAUUGACAGUUUCUGUCACAACAAACCCGAAACGCCGUUGAGAGAAGUAUCUUCCCAGAAAUUAAUUCAAUCCCCACCACGAAGACCAGCCUGCUUUCACCAUGGGCACCGCGAUGUUUGCCAGAGUUACAUUUUAUCCUACGCUGCUGUACAAUGUGGUGAUGGAGAAGGUGAGUAGCCGGCGGUGGUACGACAGGAUAGACGACCACGUCAUACUGGGGGCUCUCCCGUUUCAAAGCAUGACGAAAAAGUUGAUAGAAGAAGAGAACAUAAAAGGAGUGGUCUCCAUGAAUGAGACAUAUGAACUAAAGAUCUUCUCCAAUGAUGCCGAGAAGUGGCGCGAGCACGGCGUAGCAUUCCUACAGCUCGCCACCACUGACAUCUUCGAAGCACCCAACCAGGACAAGCUGUACGAGGGCGUCACCUUCAUCAAUAGGUUUCUUCCUUACGGCGGGAAACUAGACAAAGUGGCCGACAGCGGGCACGUGGGCGGCGGUAGCGUGUACGUGCAUUGCAAGGCGGGCCGCACGCGCAGCGCCACGCUCGUCGGCUGCUACCUCAUGAUGAAAAACGGGUGGUCUCCCUCUCAGGCGGUGGAGUACAUGCGGUCAAAGCGACCUCACAUACUGCUGCACACGAAGCAGUGGCAGGCGCUCGACAUAUUUCACAGGCGACACGUGCACACAGACACACAAACAGACACGCAGAAACAUACGUAGCAAUAACUAAUAUUUAUGUUACAGUGCGAAAUUUUUGUGUCUCAGUCAUUCAGAACAGUAUUUCGAACACUGAUCUAUAUAAAUGGAUAGAUAUUUGCUCACUAAACUUACAGCCUGUCAAUUUAAACUGAUCAGUGAUUUAAAGUCUUUCUAUCUUUGUCUACUUAACAGUAUUCAUAGUUCCAUUGUUUACAAGUAAAACAAACUCAAGAUAUUAAUUGUUACGUAAAAAGUAAUUGCAUUUUGUAUGUUUGGUACAUUUAAAUAGUAAUUCUACGUUUGAGAAAACAUUACCAUGAGUUCGACUGUACAACAGGCAGAAAUAUUAUUUAUACAAGCUAAAAUUGUAUAUUUAUGUACGUUAUAUAUAUUUAUUUCUACUUUUUAUAAAGUACAAAAAAAGCAAGUACUUACAUCAUUUUUUCAGUUUUUCAAAAACUCACUUGUUUUUAUAUUUUUUGUAAAAGAAAAUCAUAAAAAGAUGCAUAAAGCUUCCAUCUUAAUCAGUCUGCAUUAAAAUAUUUCAAAUAUUGUUAUUUUUUUAAAUUUUAAUAAUAAAAUAAAUUACAUACAUACGAACACAAGAUAAAUUUAAUUUCCUUUAAUGGAUUUUUUAUUCUAAAAAAAACUUAUUUAAAUUUAUGUUUUAUAGGUUAUGUAUGCUCAAGAAUGUAUAAAAGUUUGUUCUUUUGUGUUUGUUCUUGUUUGUCAAUCAUAUUGCUAAGUAAAUUAUAGUUAAGGCCAGUCCCACCAAAUUGUAAAUUGUCAAACAAUCCAACAUGUAAAAUAUGUGAUGGUAAUGGAUUUUGUUACCUUAUCUGAAAGUGACGCCAUUUUUAAGCUAUCUGAGCCUCUAUCAGCCAGUGGUGGGACAAGCCUUUACGUUAAAAUUAACGGUUUAUAGUUUUUUUUAACAUAUUAUUUAGCACAUGUAUGUUUUUCUGUUGCUUGAUUUUUUUUAUAAAUGUAUAGACUGUAUAUAAUUUAUAACAAAUAUUGAUACAUAAAGAACUAAAUAAUCUUGCUGUGCAAAUAAAAGGUAUUGCGUACACUUUACAUAAUUUAUUGUGAUAAAAAGUAUGUCAUAAAGUUACAAACCUGUACUUUUUUUUUUAAUCUUAGUUAGGUAAAGGGGAUUUUUGUCUUGGGAAAGGCAUGUCAAUCCCAUAGUGCUGCUAGUAGAUCCUAAGAAACGAGCUGGCAUAAUCGUACAGCCGCUUCAGAUGCUGGCUCAGCCAAUAUUGACAUAAUUAUGCUUACAUCGGACGGGUUGAGCUUUAGCUGCCGGAAGAGUAGCUCGCGCUCCCGUCUGUUUCUCUCACACUCCAACAGCAAGUGUUGGAUAUCUUCUGGCUUUCUGCAUAUCUCGCAAUUAGGCGACAAAAAACCUGUACUUGUUACAUGCAAUAUAGAUUAUUACAUAUAAGGGUUAGUACUUUAACAAGGUUAUUAUCAAAAUAUUUAUUGUGGUUGAAAUUAUUUUUAUUAUUAAUUAGAUCAUUUUUACUAUGAAUGGUAAUUGUAGAUACGUGUUUAUUUCAAUGUAACUUUUUGGUAAGAAAUUAAACAAAUAUCCAACUAUAA